CGCAAUGGAGCAACUGCCGCAAGUUAAGUGGUACAUUUCGCUGCUGGUGAUCCUACGUAUUGCAAUCUGCAUAUCAGUCAACUAUGAGAUCAUUGGUGAUGAAAAAACAAUGGCCAUCGAAUGUAAUGGCAUGGAAAAUGAGGGUAAUAUUCAAGUUAGGCAGAUUUUGGACAUAAGUGACGUCCACUUUGUGAUAGCCGAUGAUCUGGAGACCCUGUACUACAGUGGCGAUAUCAAGGUGCUAUUGGAUAUACCCCAUACCCCGAUCACUCUUCAGUUGGAUGUUUUUCGCUGGGUGCGAAGCGAGUGGCUACCCAUACCUUUAUCGAUAAAAAGGGACAACUUCUGUCAGGCGCUCCUGGAUCCGUGGGAGUUGUGGCAUCCUGUGGUCAGGGAAAUCCCUAAAAGUCAGCUGAAAUGUCCUCCAAAUAAGUCACACGUCUACUCACUCAGAAAUAUCAGCAACCAUUUGUUCGUGAACAAUAUGCCGUCUGUGGACAUUGUCGGCGAUCUCAAGGCGGUGGUCCACUUGAGCACGGAUCAGUACAAGACCUGUAUGGUGGUCUUUGUCAAGGUGUAUGCGAAUUGAUAACCGUGACAAGAUAUCUGGC